AUGAUCCGCGCUCUUCCCGAGAUUUUUGUUCAUCUUUCCUCUUCAGAUCGCAGAACCCUUCGGUCUGUCAACCAUCAAUUCUAUUCCACAGUCAAAAUCUACCAAACCAAACUCGGCAAAUGUUUGACUACCUUUCCAAACGAGAUCAUUCUGGAAAUCAUUCAGUACCUACGCAUUCGGGACCAAAGCCGCUUUGCGCGAGUGAGCCGUAGAUUUUACCCGUUGAUCAUGGACGCUCUACUGCGCGACAACAUUCGAUACAAAGGGAGCAGCUUGCUUCAGUUCUCUGUGAGGAGAGACCUCAGGAGUUUUACGCGGAGGAUCAUAUGCAGGGGUGGAGACGUGAACACCACUACGAACUACUUGCGUACACCGGCUGUAUUGCCGAGACCGCUCUCGGUCGCGACAUACUAUGGCUACGCAGAUAUGGUGAAUCUAUUGCUGGAGCUCGGGGCGCAUCCUUUUAGUCAGAGCAAGGACAUACCACUCGCAUUUGCAAUUUCAAAAGGCCACGAAAGAGUUGCGCUACUGCUUCUGCACGCUUUGAAGCCAAUCAACGGAAAGUCAUAUAUCGCCGACGGCGAGUUGUUACGAAGGGCAUCUGCUGCAAAGAUGGUGACUCUGGUGAGCCAUUUGCUUGAACGCAGAUCAGAGUUCUACACAAGCGAAAUCGACGCAGCCUUGUACCAAGUCCUCCUGGGAGAAAUGAGUAAAGAAAAUAUUUUCCAAAGGUCUUUCCACAAUGAAGUAUUCCAGAUCGUUCUGCUCUUACUUCGGAACGGUGCGAAUCCCGACGUACAA